ACGGUAUGGAGCUCUGGAUCCCGUGAGGCAGCCCCAGAUGGACGGACUGGCCAGACAAGAAAGCAUACGCCGCCCCCACAGGCGUCGGAACCAUGACCCUAGUCCGCAGCGUCCGCGCUUGGACGCUGUAACCGCCGCCAAAUUGUGGAGGCAUAUGGCAAUUUCUCGACCCGAUUCCUGCGCACCCCUCGGCGACGCGGCACCGGUGCCUUGCCACUGGGCGACCGACAUCAGCAGUGACCGGUCGGCCGCUCAGCUGAAGGAGCAGUAUAAGUACGAAGACAUGAGAGGACGAUCAGCAUCGGGUCUCUCAACUCGCUUGCCUUUCUACAAUGCGCCCCUCUACCCUCGUUACCCUCGCUCUGUUCGCCGCAGCAGCCCAAGCGGGCAAGCGUGGUCUCACAUGGACUUACUAUGACAAUACUCUUGAUCCCGGUGUCUUCAACAACGGCGACGGCCAGGUCGUCGCAAUCUACGACUACGAGACCUACGCGCCCGUUUCCAAGAACGGCGCCGGAGGCCUUGCGUUCAUCGGCAUGCAGCGCUGCUUGGACUGCGACUCCAGCCCCAUCGCGCAGCUCGCCACUCGUCAGAAGCAGCAGGGCUGGGCCACCGUGUUCACCCUGAACGAGCCUGACGUCAACGGCAUCUCGCCCAGCCAGGCCGCGUCCUGGUACCAGCAGUACGUCAACCCGCUCGCUAUCAAGAAGGCGCUCCCUGCGGUCACGUCCAGCACGAGCGCUGGCCAGGGCCUCGACUGGGUGCAGCAGAUGAUCAACGCCUGUGCGGGAAAUUGCUACUACGACUACAUCAACCUGCACUGGUACGGCCACAGCUUCUCGGAGUUCCAGAGCUACAUCCAGCAAGCGCAUUCGAAGUUCCCUAACAAGCAGCUCAUGAUCACGGAGUUCGCUCUCCAGAAUCCGGCGGGCGGCCAGAGCGACCAGGUCAACUUCUUCAAGCAGGCGUUCGCGUACCUCGACAGCCAGAGCUUCGUCAACCUCUACUUCCCCUUCGUCGCCACUUCUCCUGCGCUCCUGCAGCAAUACGACUCUUCUGCGGUCUCCUUCGUCGGCACUGGCUCGUGCCUGUUCAACAACGACGGCUCCCCAUCUGCUGUAGGCAAUCUCAUGUACUAGACAGAACUAGACUGCAAUCCACAAUGGGGUUGUAAGCGGCAUGUCUCGCCGGGAGGAUCUCUGCUCUACGGGUCGUGUCGGAUGUCUCGUAGAACUAAUGGCGCCCUUCAUGUCCUUACGAACACCUCCCCUUCAAUUGGC